AUGUUGGUGAGCACCAUCCUCGUUCUACUGCUGGCCAAGGGCGCUCUAAGCAGCAUGCUGCAGAGGGACAGAGGCUGCAAGAGAUGGAAACCAAGUGAGCAAAAACAAAACGUUUGCUGUGAAGAAUGCCAUCCAGGCAACCAUGUGGUUUUUCAUUGUGGCCCCAACCCAGAACAGCUUUGCACUCCGUGCAGGGAAGGAACCUAUACAAAGAACGCCAAGGACAUCAAGUGUGAAAGGUGCACUCAGUGUACAGGUGCGCAGAUUGAGCUGGAGAAAUGUACAACCACGAGAGACACACAGUGUGGGUGCAAAGAUGGGCUGAAGUGCGGCGACGCACAGUGUUCCUUUUGUAUCAAAAAGUGCAACAAAGGCGAGGAACCCGAUGAAGACCGUGAUUGCAGAACAUGUCCAAAUGGAACUUUCAAUGACCAAAUUCAUCAGAAGUGUAAACCCUGGCGUACCAAGUGUCCCAAUCCAUAUCAAACAAUUGUGAUCAAAGGCGAUGCCUUCACUGAUAAUCUGUGUGUUAACAUUUCAAGCAGUGGCCUCAAACAACCCGACGAUCCUGAGACGUUAAUCGCCAGUGAAUGCAGUUUCCACGAAGCCCAGGAAGAGCACGGCAGCAGCUCGUCUGAGUGUUUACCCUCAAGAGAGUCUGGAGACCAUCUUUUGGUGUGA